AUGGCAGGUCAAAUCAUGUUGCCUGUGCUACUUUUGGGAGCGAUAAGUUUGGUGACUUCACAGACACAUUCAUCAUACUAUCCUGGACCCCUCUAUCCUAUUGCUGGAACAACAAGCCCUCGAACAGACGAUGGAAGUUCACCUCUAAUUCCUCUGCAAAGAACUUUUGUUUACUUUGGACGGCCAUAUAAUCAAAUUUAUGUGAACAACAAUGGCCAUCUGACCUUUGAUAACCCAUGGUAUAGUUACACACCACAAAUGUUUCCACUAUAUGGCUCCAGCGACAUCAUUGUUCCAUUCUGGACAGAUUUAGAUAACAGACAAACUGGUGCGAUCUAUUACAACCAAUAUACCAGUGGCAGCGUCCUGCAACAAGCAACGCAGGAUAUUCAUGCCUACUUCCCAGGACUGAGCUUUAAUGCUGAAUGGGUCUUUGUUGCAACAUGGUAUGAGGUGGCCUACUUUCCAACCACUGGAACACAAACAACGUUCCAAGCAGUCUUGAUCUCUGGUGGCCGGUAUUCCUUUGUGCUGCUGAACUACGGGAUAAUAGCCUCAACCAAUCGCAAUGUGCAGGCUGGAUAUGACACAAUCAGUUCCUCUCACCAUUUCACCAUCCCCGGAUCGUUCACUAGCAAUGCAACAGGGAGUAACUCAGUUUUCAGUCUGGGCAGCAACGUCAAUGUGCCCGGUCGCUGGGCCUUCAGGAUAGAUGAUGGCUCAACAGGCUGCACUUUCAAUGGUGAUCCUGUGCAGCUGGGUUACUCAUUCUGGACUGACAGUACCUGUGCACAGAAGUGCACCUGCACCUCAAGAGGCCUGCAGUGUGUCAGCGAGCCCUGCUCCUUUUCCCAAAUUUGCCAGCAAAGUUCCUUUCAGUUCUCCUGCCAGACAGUGCAGAGAGGCAUCUGCACCAUAAGUGGAGAUCCACAUUACUAUACCUUCGAUAAUACACUGUUUCAUUUCCAGGGCACCUGCACUUAUGUUCUCUCUGAGCAAUGUGGUCUUGGGUUGCCCUACUACAGAGUAGAGGGUACAAACGAGCACCGUGGCAGCACUUAUGUUGCCUGGACACGACUGGUCAAAGUUUAUGUCUAUAAUGAAACUAUUGAGCUUGUUAAGGGACACCCUGGUGAGGCUAAGGUUAAUGGAAUCUUUGCAGCCACUCCAUUCUACCUCAACAAUGGCACUGUCCAUGUUUAUGAGUCAGGAUUUUCUGUGACUGUCAGUUCUAACUUUGGCUUGGAGGUAUCCUAUGAUGCCUACCAUUAUGUCAGGAUCAGUGUGCCCUACACUUACCAGAACGCAACAUGUGGCCUGUGUGGAUACUUCAACAUUGAUCCCAGGGAUGACUUCCGGACCCGUCAAGGCGAGGUUGUGAGCUCUGAUGUGGUGUUUGCCAACAGCUGGCAAGUAUCAGAGGACAACGAACCAGCCUGUAACAUCCGAUGUGCAGGUUUGGGCUGUGCUGCCUGCAAUGAGGAUCAGAGAGCUUUGUACAGCAACACUGACCAUUGUGGUAUCCUACAGAGCAGUUCUGGCCCUUUUGCUGGUUGCCAUCAACAACUUCCCCCACAGACC